AUGGUGGAAACCCGGCGCAGUUCCUCCGCUUCCAAACGCCCUAUUCCUUCCUCCGCCCUCUCUUCCUCUCCUCUUCCAUCGAAAAGAUCCAAGUCAGCGGAGGCGGCGGCUGGUGCUGCUGCAGCGGAGGCGUCAUCGUCGACGAACGAUGAUGCACUGGUGUCUGUGCCGAUUGAAACCCUUACUGUGGCUAAGGAUUCUGGUUCUGUGCCUCGUAUGCCCGACUUAUCAUCCUCUGAUCCGCAAGUGGCUGGCGCUUCAAAAGACGUGCCUUCUGAUGGCGUCAAAACUUCUGAUAGAGACGCCAUGGAUGCGGAAGUUGAGGAUCUGGUCUCUCUGCUGACUCAAGGUGGAGUUGCAUUGAACAGAGAGAAAUCCAAAGCAGUUAGUGUACUAUCUACUCGGCCUAAGAAGGGGCAAAAGAAGCCUGAGAAAUUGGAUCAGCAGGUUGCAUGGGCCAAGCUCCUUUGCCAGUACUCGAAGAAUCCUCACAUGCCCUUAUGUGGCCCAGUUUUCACUGUUGGUCAAAACCCUGAAAGCAACUUAUGGCUUAAUGAUUCAACUGUCAGUUCUGUUUUGUGCAGACUGAAACAAAUAGAGUCUGGAGGUGUUUUUACUGCCAUGAUGGAAGUUGUUGGAGGUAAAGGAACAGUCCAGGUUAAUGGUAAGGUGCAGCGCAAAGGUUCCCGUGCAAUGUUAAGUGCAGGAGAUGAGGUGGUUUUCAACUCUUCUGGGGAACAUGCUUAUAUCUUUCAGCAGUUCCCCCAUAACAAUUUGGGAGGUCGAGGUGUAGCUUCUAUGAGCAUUUUAGAAGCCCAGGGUGCUGGAGCCAAAGGGAUCCCUCUUGAGGCAAGAUCUGGAGAUUCCUCAGCCUUUGCAGGCGCAUCAAUAUUGGCAUCUUUGUCGAAUGUUCACAAAGAUUUAUUUCUCCCUCAUGCUUCAAAAGCUGGCGAGGAUACUCAAAAUAAACCUGAUCCUUCUAUCCUAUCUCCCAUUGGUAUAACACCUGGUGAUCAUAUUCCAGAAGUUGACAUGAAGGAUAGCACAAACAAUAGCGAGCAACCAUUCGUUCCACCAAGGGAGGACAUUUUCGUUCCAUCUGAAAAUUGUGCCAGUGAAAACCCAAAUCUCGAAGCUCUUCCAAUGGACUGUUGUGCAGAUGGAGAGACUGGGAAGACACCUUUUCCUAUUUCCGAAUUAAGGCCUCUUUUGCAGAUGCUUGCUGGUUCCUCUUCUCAACGAGAAAUUGCAAAGAUAUUUGAAGGACGGAAGGAGUUACUCAGGGAUCUUGAUCGUUCUGCGAUUCUGCUUUCUACUGCUCGGCAAGCAUUCAAAGACAAUCUACAAAAAGGAAUCUUGAGCCCUGAAAGCAUCGAAGUUUCUUUUGAAAAUUUCCCUUAUUACCUUAGUGAUACAACAAAGAAAGUUCUUGUGGGGGCUGCAUUUGUUCACUUGAAGUGUAACUGCAAAGUAGCUAAAUUUGCUUCUGAACUACCUACGGUAUCACCUCGAAUAUUGUUGUCUGGUCCUGCAGGAUCAGAGAUAUAUCAGGAGAGACUUGUAAAGGCACUUGCCAAAGAUGUUGGAGCUAGACUGUUGGUUGUUGAUUCCCUACUAUUGCCUGGUGGAUCAACACCCAAAGAAGCUGAUCCCAUGAAAGAAAUUUUGAGACCUGACAGAGCGUUAUUUGCCAAAAGAGUUAUGCAAUCAGCACUACACCAUAAGAAGCCUGCUUCUAGUGUGGAGGCUGACAUAACUGGUGGAUCCAUAAUAAGCUCUCAAGCUCUUCCGAAGCAGGAAACUUCUACAGCCUCAUCCAAGCACUGCACGUUUAAAACAGGUGAUAGAGUGAAGUAUUUUGGUAUCUCUUCACAAUCGGCACUGUCUCCUCUUCAACCUCCACUAAGGGGACCUGCUGUUGGGUUUCGUGGCAAGGUACUUCUUGCUUUUGAAGAAAAUGGAUCCUCAAAAAUUGGUGUGAGAUUUGAUAGAUCCAUUCAAGAAGGCAAUGAUCUUGGUGGCCUCUGUGAAGAAGAUCGCGGGUUCUUUUGUGCUGCCCAUUCACUUCGUUUAGAUAGCUCUGGAGGCGAAGAGCUUGACAGGCUUGCUGUCAAUGAACUCUUUGAGGUUGCUUUGACCGGAAGUAAAGGUGGUCCAUUAAUAGUGUUUCUAAAAGACAUAGAGAAGUCUGUGGCGGGCAACCAAGAUGCAUAUACUGCCUUAAAAAGUAAGCUGGAAAAUUUACCAGACAGGGUUAUUGUGAUUGGUUCCCAUGCCCAUAUGGACAGUCGAAAAGAGAAGUCUCAGCCUGGUGGGCUUCUGUUUACCAAGUUUGGAAGCAAUCACACAGCUUUGCUUGAUUUUGCAUUUCCUGAUAACUUAGGUAGACUGCACGACAAAAGCAAGGAGACUCCUAAAACAAUGAAGCAACUCUCAAGGCUUUUUCCCAACAAAGUGACCAUUCAGCUACCUCAGGAAGAAGCAUUGCUCUUGGACUGGAAGCAGCAGUUGGAUCGUGAUAUUGAAACUUUGAAAGCGCAGGCUAAUAUUAUUACAAUCCGUUCUGUUCUUGCUCGAGUUGGCCUGCAAUGCCCUGAUCUGGAGUCUCUGUGCAUCAAUGAUCAGGCGUUGACAACUGAAAGCGUAGAGAAAGUCGUGGGUUGGGCAUUAAGCCACCACUUCAUGCAUUGUUCAGAAGCUUCUCUGACAGAUGCAAAGUUAGCAAUAUCAACAGAAAGUAUCAACUAUGGAUUGAGCAUUCUUCAUGGUAUACAGAAUGAGAACAAGAGCUUGAAGAAAUCCCUCAAGGAUGUUGUGACUGAAAAUGAAUUUGAGAAGAAGCUUCUAGCUGAUGUUAUUCCUCCAAAUGAUAUUGGAGUUUCGUUUAAUGACAUUGGUGCCAUGGAAAAUGUCAAGGAAACAUUGAAGGAACUUGUAAUGCUUCCUCUUCAGAGGCCUGAACUGUUCUGCACAGGGCAGCUGACUAAGCCUUGCAAGGGGAUAUUGCUGUUUGGUCCUCCUGGUACCGGGAAAACAAUGCUUGCAAAGGCUGUAGCAACUGAGGCUGGUGCAAAUUUCGUAAACAUAUCCAUGUCAAGCAUCACUUCGAAGUGGUUUGGUGAAGGAGAGAAGUAUGUGAAGGCCGUGUUCUCUUUAGCUAGUAAAAUUGCUCCAAGUGUAAUUUUUGUUGACGAGGUGGAUAGCAUGUUGGGAAGACGUGAGAAUCCUGGGGAACAUGAAGCUAUGCGGAAAAUGAAGAAUGAGUUCAUGGUGAACUGGGAUGGUUUGCGUACAAAAGAUAAAGAAAGGGUGUUAGUUCUUGCUGCCACUAACAGGCCGUUUGAUCUUGAUGAAGCUGUUAUUAGGAGGCUCCCACGAAGGUUGAUGGUUAACUUGCCUGAUGCACCAAAUCGAGAAAAGAUUCUCAGGGUCAUCUUGGCCAAAGAAGAACUGGGAGGCGAUGUAGAUAUGGAAGCAGUUGCGAGUAUUACUGAUGGUUACUCUGGAAGUGAUUUAAAGAACCUGUGUGUAACUGCAGCUCAUUGUCCCAUAAGAGAAAUAUUGGAGAAGGAGAAGAAGGAGAGGAAUGUGGCGCUGUCUGAUAAAAGACCUACACCUUCACUGUAUGGUAGUUCUGAUGUGCGUCAGCUUAAAAUGGAGGAUUUCAGAUAUGCGCAUGAGCAGGUAUGUGCAAGUGUGUCGUCUGAAUCCAGUAAUAUGAACGAGCUCCUGCAAUGGAAUGAUCUGUAUGGAGAAGGUGGAUCCAGAAAGAAGAAAUUGCUAAGCUAUUUUAUGUAG